AUAUCUACGAUAUCUCACCAUUGCCAUGACUGACUACACUGACUUAGACAGACAAAUAGAGCAGCUCCGACGCUGUGAAAUCAUCAGUGAGGUCGAGGUAAAAGCUCUCUGUGAGAAGGCAAGGGAAAUCCUGAUAGAAGAAAGCAACGUUCACAUGGUAGAUUCGCCUGUCACUGUGUGUGGGGACAUCCACGGACAGUUCUAUGAUCUUAAGGAACUUUUCAAUGUUGGGGGGGACGUGCCAGGGACUAACUACCUGUUUAUGGGGAAUUUUGUAGACAGAGGGUAUUACGGUGUGGAGACAUUCCUGUUGCUGCUUGCUCUUAAGGUUCGUUAUCCAGACCGUAUUACGCUGAUCAGAGGUAACCACGAGAGUCGACAGAUCACGCAGGUGUACGAGUUUUACGACGAGUGUCUGAGGAAGUACGGGUCCAUCACGGUCUGGAAAUACUGCACCGAGGUCUUCGACUACCUCAGCCUGUCAGCCAUUAUCGACGGAAAGAUUUUCUGUGUACACGGAGGCCUGUCUCCAUCCAUUAAUACUCUAGACCAGGUGUGGAAAUGUAGCGGCCAUACUUGGACUGGACGAACACUUGCAGAAAGACUUCACCAUCUUUGAAGCAGUACCACAAGAAAUCAGAGGUAUUCCAGAUUCCUACAAACCAAAGCCGGACUACUUCUUGUAAUUCAU